AUAAAAGCACACCAGAGCUCUAUCAGGUUCUAAGCGAGGAAUCCAACUUAACACAGUCUGACUUUGACCCUCGAGGGGACCGGUCGUGUGCUCACUUAGUAACUUAGUCGUAACUUAACUCGAACUUCAGUGAAGUGAUUUAAAAAGUCCGUGUAUGGCAGUCCUAAUGUUACAAUAAUUACGAUGUGAUUUUAUAGAACAUGGUUUAUAAAAUAAUUAAUUAAAAAGUAUAAAAGUGGGAAGUGACAGUGUAUAAUGUGAGAGAGAUGAUCAUUUUGUGACGUCAGCAACAAGAUGGCGUCCAGUUCGGUUUUUCGUUUCCUCGUGCUUCUAUCACUAGUGUGGCUGAUUGCCGGCAAUGCUACAAGGAAGAGACGGGAGCCCUGGACUAAUGGCAGUUGGUUCAACAUGGGCCUACUAGAAUUCGAAAAAUGGUCGAACCAAGAUCUAUUCUCUGGUCGGUCUCGCAUGUGUUCUAAGUUGCACGGCUUGACCCCUGGUCAACGAAGAGUCUGUCGGCGGUACCAGGACCACAUGCCUGCGGUGGGGGCUGGCGCAAAGCAAGGCAUAACUGAAUGUCAGUACCAAUUCAGAAGUCGACGGUGGAACUGCACGGUGACCGGUGAUGAAACGGUGUUUGGGCCUUUGACUUUGAUUGCAUCAAGAGAGACAGCGUUUACAAACGCGAUAACAUCAGCGGGUGUAUCCCUGGCGAUAUCCCGCGCGUGUCGUGACGGCCGGCUUGCUAGCUGUGGCUGCAGUCGUGCGGCUCGCCCUAAGAACCUACAUGAUGACUGGGUGUGGGGCGGCUGUGGAGACAAUCUGCAGUAUGGAUACAAGUUCACCGAAGGUUUUGUGGACAUUCGUGAGCGAGAGAGAAAGGUGAAGAGAGGCAGCCGGGAGCAAGGAAGACAGCUGAUGAACAGACAUAACAACGAGGCUGGAAGACGGGCAGUCAUAAAGAAGUCAAGGGUGACGUGUAAAUGUCACGGCGUGUCGGGAUCUUGCAGCCUCAUUACGUGCUGGCAACAACUGCCUUCGUUUAGGGAGAUUGGUGAUUAUCUCAGAGAUAAAUACGAGGGAGCCACAGAAGUAAAAGUGUCCAGACGCGGCAAACUCCGACUCGGCAAUCCACGUUACAGUCUUCCCACUGCUAAUGACUUGGUCUACUUAGAGGACUCGCCAAACUAUUGUAUCAAGAAUGAAACACUCGGUUCCCCCGGCACAGCGGGUCGUGCGUGUAACAGGACAUCAGCGGGCAUGGACGGGUGUGCUCUGCUGUGUUGCGGCCGGGGCUACAAUACUAAGAAAAUCGUAAUCCGGGAGCGCUGCGAGUGCAAGUUCCACUGGUGCUGCCGAGUCGACUGUAACACGUGCGUUAGGACGGUAGAAUUGUACACUUGCAAAUAAUAGCCCCAAGUUUAUUCUGUAUUUUGUAGUUUAGAACUCUAUGGAAGAUAAGUACUUCUAAAAAUAUUCAUCAAAAAUGUUUAUGAAUUCAAAAGAUCUCUUUCUCUCUAAGAUUUUCUUAACUGCCAAAUAGAUGCAUUUAUGUCA